UCCCUUCACGGCCUCACUUCGGAAUAGUAUUAUACUCUGCUUGGAAAGUCCAGCAACACUUGCAGCAGUCCGGUAGAAGCAGAAAAGGGAAGGGGACUAGGGUUUUUACCAGUGUGAAGAAACCAGACUAGGUUACAACGACGAUAGCCAGGGGAAUCACAGAGAACCGUCGGAAUGACGACCCGAAUCACUCCCGGCGUUGGAGCGAAUUUGCUCGGCCAACACUCCGCCGAGAGGAAUCAAGACGCCACCGCCUACGUCGGCAACCUCGAUCCCCAGUUGAGUGAGGAAUUGCUAUGGGAGUUGUUUGUUCAAGCUGGACCCGUAGUGAAUGUCUAUGUGCCAAAGGAUAGGGUGACUAACCUGCACCAAGGAUAUGGAUUUGUGGAGUUCCGAAGCGAAGAAGAUGCUGACUAUGCAAUUAAGGUAUUGAACAUGAUUAAACUCUAUGGGAAGCCGAUACGUGUGAACAAGGCGUCACAAGAUAAAAAGAGCUUGGAUGUCGGGGCUAAUCUUUUCAUCGGAAACCUUGAUCCUGAUGUUGAUGAAAAACUUUUGCAUGAUACUUUCAGUGCGUUUGGAGUAAUCGUUUCAAAUCCCAAGAUAAUGAGAGAUCCUGAAACAGGCAAUUCCCGUGGUUUUGGUUUCAUUAGUUACGACUCUUUCGAGGCUUCAGAUGCUGCCAUUGAGGCAAUGACUGGGCAAUAUCUCUGCAAUCGUCAAAUAACAGUGUCUUAUGCUUAUAAGAAAGACACUAAAGGAGAGCGUCAUGGGACCGUGGCAGAGAGAGUGUUGGCUGCCAGCAAUCAGAAUACUCAAAAAAGUCGGCCCCAUACCAUGUUUGCCAGUGGACCUCCUACACUACCUGGUGUCGCUCAGGCAAGUGGUGCACCAGUGCCACCACGCCCUUUUGCAAAUGGCGUUGUUCCUGCAAGUCCAGUAGUCCCUCAAUUGCGUGCACCAAACCCGGCCUUCCCACCAAUGCAGAUGGGUGGUGGACAACCCCAUUGGCAGGGUCAGCCUCCACAACCAAGUCAACCCAUGGGGCAUAUGCAUCCACCGCCUCCAGUUCAUUUCAGGCCGCCGCCUCCAAACAUGCCACCACCACCACCUCCCCAGGGAAUUCCUGGUGGCUUUGCAAGACCUCCACCUCAGCAAAUGUCAAUGAUGGGAGGUCAACCACCACAACAAAUGUGGCGGCAGCCACCUCCUCCCCAGCAGCUGGCUGGUAGGCCCCUCAUGCAACAGAUGCAACCACCUCCUCCGCCUCCAAAUAUGAUGCCGCCGCCACCUUUAAAUUGAUUACAUCCACAAUCACUGCUCUCUUACCCUCUCAUGCCAUCACCAGGUUUUUAGUCUCUCAGAAGUUUCUCGUAUCAUCUAUUGUUGCUCACGUUAGGAACUGUCGAGGCAUUAUCUAGGAAGAUAGAUGAUAAUGUAAACUAUUUUCUAUGAAGCAUUGCUACUGAAUCAAGUUGUGGGAAACUGGAAAUCUCCUUUCAGGCAGGUUGGGAGGGAGAAAUGGGCUAAAGUUGGAGUUGGGUUUUAAUCAUGUGCUACUGUUUUUGUACCCUUUAACUGAAAGUCAGCCCUAUAAAGAUUGAAUCGAGCUGUUUCUUAACUGACUGAAAUGGAGCUGUGUCUGCAACUUUUCGUCGAAACCCAUGGAAGAUCUCUCAGCCACUGUGCAAAGCCUUUCUUCAUGCUUUUUUGUUUGGUAAACUGAUACAUGGCUGAGAUGGCUGAAAUUGCACAUUGGUGUUGAUGACUGUGUAAUCAAAAAUUUGUCGAAUCCAUGUAACUUUAUCUUACUACAGAUGCUAAUUUGAGUCGAACAUUUACGAUGGUCCAUCCCCAUUGCUGAACCGAACAUAUCCUUCACUUCAUGGCGAAUGAUUGAGCUGCUGCUGCUGCUGCUGCUUUUCAGCCUUCUUCGCUGUACAGUGAUCUGCGCAAGACUCCAGGCAAAGUUCCACAUCCUUGGAGAAUGGUUCAGCUUUGGUGCUGAGCUCGGUGCAGGCGGGGACAGCACAGGUGGCCAUGCAGGUGGCCUGGUGAUCGUCAGGAUCGGGUUCUCCGGCAGGCUGGACGAGGCACUCUUGUAUGCAGUCGCCGUAGCAGUUUAUAUCCCCUGCAGUGAGCGCACACUUGACGAAACAGAGUGGGUCGCAUGCCUUGUGCCCUCUGUAGUAGUUGCCCUGAUCAGCAGGAGCCAACGACGACGGCUGGCACUGGCCACUGCCAGCGGCGAGCAACAGCACCAACAUCAUUGCCAAUGCAGCAGAUAGCCCUCUGCUCUCCAUAUUCUGUAUUGAUCGAUAGUUGAUUAGUUUCCCCUGGCUUGCUCGACUUUCAAAUCUUGUUUCCCGUGGAGUACUAAGCUUCAGGUUUAGUGUACUCAAUCUUGUGUAUGGGGUCACUAUAUAUAGGCAGAGUGGAGACACAGGCAGAUUGGUUUGGUGGUGGUCGAUAGUGUGAUUUGUAGAAAUCAAUAAAAACUGAAACUCUGGGUUUCGUGGCGGUUUAUUCCUCCAUCUCUAGAACAUGUUGUUUGUAUGCGCCCCAAAAGUAUGGGGUAGCUCAUAGCUGGCUGGCUAGGCAGUUGCUUGUGCUCUCUUCCACACAUGCAACAAGAACCUUAGUACAGCACAGAAAUAGGUGAAGCAGCUGCCUUGACCUGAAACUACAAACUAAUUUAAACCUUCAUAGAAAUUAGGAUCCGAGCUGAAAACAAAACUUCAUAUCACAUGUUGAUCAGCCUCGACAGCCUCGACACGAAGUACCAGAUCAUAUACCGAAGUUAUGUAUGCGUGAAGCUCGAAAAAUUAACUUCUCAGCCCCAGUUUAGCACUUCAGCAGCUAUGGCCGUUACAUCUUUCCUAGAACUAAACUAUGAAGCCAAACUCAAGCAAUCACGACUGCUACUUUAUGAGAUAAUAGUAAAUCCACAGGUAGCAGAAUAAAAAUCUUACAACCUUGUCUUCUUUCAUCAUUGAGCUGAUGCUUCUCGAUUCUCAUCUUCAUUUCCCUCUUCCUCUUCAUUAUCACCCUCACCCUCACCACUAACAGAUGCAAGGCCAAGAUUCUCCUCAACUUUCCUCCAAGCAUUCAACACAUUAGGUGGGAACUUCUUCUUAACCGUGCGAACCAACCCUUUCGCAGAUUUAAUCUUCUUCUUCUUCACCAACCCUUCAGCCAAAUGCUUCAACGUAUUAAAAUCCGGGAUCUUGUUGUGCCCCACGCUAGUCUUGAACACCCUGUACCCGGCCUCGAACCUCUCGUUCAGACACAAGUAGUAAACCAAACUCCUGAAAGUGGUGGCAUUCGGCUUGCACCCGAAUUCCUCCAACCUCGUAUACACAUUUUGAGCUUCCUCCAACAUACCCUUCUUGCAGUAACAAGUCAUCAAGUAAUUGUAGCUGAUAGUAUCGGGUUUCAACCCGGAAGUCCCCAUCUCUUCGAUCAACUCCUUGACGUUCUCAGGCUCUUUAUCAUGUGCAUUCAUGAUUCUAACGUUAUAAGCAGCAACGUCAAUUUCACAACCCCUCUUCGCCAUUCGAUUCCACAGCCUCUCAGCCUCUUCGCUAUUCCCUUUCUUGUAGAGCCAAUCCAGAAUGGUGGUGAAAGUGAUGGCAGUCACUUCCACUCCUUUCUCCUCCAUUUCUCUCAGUAUCUCCAAACCCUUCUCUGGCUUCCCGGACUCGCAGUAAGACUUGACCAAGAUACCGUACGAGAUCUUAUCAGGCUUGACGCCGUAUUUGGACGGGAUUUCGGCGAACAAGAUUGGGACCUGAUCGAAACGUUUCGACUGGUUGCAAGCAGACAGCAAGGCGUUGAAAGAGAUGGAGGAUCGACGAGUACCCAAUUGGUCCAUUUGGUUGUAGGUCGAGAGAGCGUUGUCGAACAUCCCGGCGAGGCCGUAGGAUCGGAUCAGAGUGGCGAGGAAAGGCUCCUGCUUGAUCUUAGGGUCGGACUUGUGGGCCUCGAUGAGGGACUCGAUGUCGGAGAAGCGGCGGGCCUUGGCUAGGCGCCGGACGGUGAGGUCCUGGGCGUAGCGGGAGGAGAUAGGGGAGGAAUAGCGGUCGGAGACGGAAGAGUAGAUUUUCAGGGCCUUGUCGGGAUCGUGUUCGGAUCGGAGCUUGGAUUUCGCCUUCGAGAUGGAGAUUGAGGAGGAAGAAGCAGCAGCUGUUGUGGCGGCUUCUGCAGCAGCAGCGGCGGCGGUGGAGAGGUGGCGGAGGUGGCGGAGGGGAAGGGAAGAAGCUGCCAUGGUUUCUUCGACACUUCUAUUUUCUGUGGUUGGAAGGCUUCGGUGGAAGUGUGUUCUAACUUCGGCAAGGCAACUGGGUUUUUUGCUAGGGUUUUAGAAUCACCCCCCACUCGUUCCAUUUCUCUCUUCUCAGAUAUU